AUGUACUGGAAUGAAGUUACUAAAUAUUUUCGAGCAGGGAUGCCACUAAGGAAACACAGGCAACACUUUAAAAAACAUGGAAAUUGUUUUACUGCUGCAGAAGCGGUAGAUUGGCUUCAUGAACUACUAAAGAAUAACAGCAAUUUUGGUCCAGAAGUUACUAGGCAGCAAACCAUCCAGUUAUUAAGGAAGUUUCUCAAGAAUCAUGUAAUUGAGGAUAUAAAAGGAAGAUGGGGAUCAGAAAAUCUAGAGGACAACAAUAAUCUAUACAGAUUUCCUCCAACCUCUCCAGUUAAAGCUUUGCCAAACUGGGGUCCAGUCAGAGAAAACACAGAAAAUUUUCCUAAAGAGAAAGAAAGUCUCUUUAAACUACCACAGUUUUCCAGGAGGACUCCUAAGAAAAAUGAAUUACUUGAAUCUCUGGAGAACGUAGCAAAAAGUGAAAUACUAGAAGAAGCCAACGAACAUUCAGUACAUGCAAUGGAAAUAAGCCAAGAAAAUAUAGAAGAAAUUUGGAGAAACAUCAUUCUGAUACAUUUGCAAACAAUUUUAGGCUUACCGUCUUUGGAAGAAGUCUUGCACUCAACACAAAUAAUUCCUCAGGAUGUCAUAUAUAACAUGACUAACACAAGUAAACAUGGUGUUGUUGUUCUGCAAAACAAAUCAGAAGACCUCCCUCAUUGGGUAUUGUCAGCUAUGAAGUGCCUAGCAUACUGGCCCAGAAGUAAUGACUUGAGCCAGCCAACUUACAUUGGUUUUGAACGGGAUGUAUUCAGAACAGUUGCUGAUUAUUUCCUUAGUCUCCCUGAACCAUUGCUUACUUUUGAGUACUAUGAACUGUUUGUGAACAUUUUGGUUGUGUGUGGCUACAUCACAAUUCCAAAUAGAUCCAAUGGAAAACAUUCUAGCCAAGAUGAGGCAUGUAACCCACAGCCUUCAAAAACACUGCAUUUGAACUCUUUCAAGUCAACUGAAUGUCUUCUUCUAAGUUUACUUCGUAAAGAGCCUGAGAGAAAAGAGGAAGCAUCUGAGACUUCUGGAAAUAGUCUUCAAAAUGAACAUAAUCUUCAAAAAGGAUGUGCCAAGAAAUCACAGCGAUAUGCUUUGGCAUGUAAACGAGCCAGUACUGAUCGCCUACUAAGAGGAAGCUGUCAAAAUCUUUCAGGUUUAACGAAUGAACAGGCACAACCUCAAAAAUUUAGGAAAAGGUGCUCUUCUUUGGAAAGAAUUGUAGAUACUGUUUCAAGUUCUCGUUGUAAACAAGAAUCAAAUUCCCUCUGUCACAUUGAUGUUAACAUAAUAUCGGGCAAAAAAAAUGAGAACCAACUACUGCACCAUGACUACAAAAGAGAAUCUGUGGAUCUUCAUUCAGACAGCACUGGCCAAAGACAACCCUGUGCUUUCAAGAGAGAGUUUGCAUCAAUUGUCCAGGACCAAGAACUGUGUAAUGGAAAUUACAGAUCAAAGCAACUAUGUAGAUCCCAGAGUUUGCUUGGAUGCAAUAACUUCAAAAACUUCUCUGGCAUCAAUACACCAGUUGCUGAAAUAAUAGUAAAACCAGGUCCUGAGCUUCAUUUCGGACCAGGGAAACCAAGUCCUACUGUUCUGGCAACUACUGUAGAAAAUGAUCCUGGAGAUUCUGAUAUCACUGUCAAUAAAAGACUCUGCAAAAGCACAGUAGAACUUUCUGAAAACUCUUUUACUUCAGCUACCUUUAUGUUGACUGGCACGCAAAAUCUCCUACAGCCUCACAUAGAAAGAGUUGCUGUUGAAGCACUACAAAUAUGUUGUUUGUUGCUUCCUCCUCCAAAUCGUAGAAGGCUUCAACUCCUAAUGCGCAUGAUCUCUCGAAUCAGCCAAAAUGUUGAUAUGCCACGACUUCAUGAUGCAAUGGGCACCAGAUCUCUGAUGAUACAGACUUUUUCUCGCUGUGUGUUAUGCUGUGCGGAAGAAGUAGAUCUUGAUGAGCUACUUGCCACAAGAUUAGUUUCAUUUCUAAUGGAUCAUCAACAAGAAAUUUUUCAGGUCCCAACUUAUUUACAGGCUGCAGUGCAAGAUCACAUAGCAUAUAUGAAAACGGCUCAGUGCAAAUAUCCCAUGGAAGAAAUGAGUGCUAUAUUGCCAACUUAUUCGUACUGUAAACGAAUAACUCCCCAGGAGUUUGAUGAACAAAGGAUUUCUGCCUCCCAAGCUGCAGUUGCAGAACUCUUAGAAAAUAUUAUCAGAGACAAAACCUUGUCUCUGAAAGACAAGAAGAAAAAACUAAAACAGUUUCAGAAGGAAUAUCCUCUGAUCUACCAGAACAGAUUCCCAACUACGGAAAGCGAGGCAAUACUACUUGAAAACAAACCCACAAUUAAGCAACCAAUGCUUAGCCUGAGAAAGCCAAAGUUUCGUAGCCUAAGAUACUAAUUCAUUGAAGCCUCUACAAUCUUAUUUAUUUUAAUGAAUGUAUGCCUAGUGUGCUAACGGACAGGUGCUUAUUAUGGAGAUCCAAUGUUGAUAGUGUGUGCAGUGAGAGUUGCAUACCUUGUAUUAAGUGGUGCCAAAAUCGGUUCAUUGUAGAGAGAGCUUUUUGUUUAUUGAAUCUGUUUUCAAGACUUUAUUUACAAAUGUUUACAAAUUAUUCAAGACAUGCAAAUGUUUUGAGUCUGUCAAAAACAAUGUGACAAUAAGCAUGAAGUUUUAGUAACCAAAAAUUGUGUAUGUAGUCUGUGAAGUGUAUAUGUACAUAUUAUAUGGUAGCUUUAUGUUAAAUCUGUUUUAGAAAUGAUGCCAUAAAUUUUGUGAGGUUUUUUUAAUCAUUUCCUUAUGUACUAUAUAAUUGCUGUACUUGGGCAUUCUAAAUACUGAGAACUUGCAGCAAAAUAUUGCUCUGAGGCCUGGCAGAAAUUUUGGCCUCUGUGAUUUCAGUGACACCAGGAAUUCACCCCAGAUGAGUGAUUAUUUCUCUGUCUCUUGUCUAUUCAAAUUGCACUCUUUAUCAAUCAUUUUUGUAUUAUUUUGUGUAUUUAUUUUUGUUAAAAUUAUCCUUUUUAUGUAUAUUUCUAACUUUUGGAUGGAAAACCAAUCUCAAAUACACAAAUAACUGACCUCAGAUAUGCUGCUUUAAUUGCUAAUAGUGGAGGAUGCUAUAUAGUCUUACAGAACAGAACUGACAGGUAUUGUAUUGUUAGAUUUGAUCUUUCAUUUACAAUGUAGUAAUGCUAUUCAGGUUAGUAUAGUCUUUUGCAAAACUUGAAAUCAGACAAAGGAAACAUGGACUAAAUAUCUUGAGUGAAAUCUGGCCCUAAUAAAAGCCAGUGGGAGUCCUGCCAUUGACUUCA